AAGGUAUCAGCAAGCUACUAAGCCAACGCCUGGUUUCGCAGCCUCCAACCACGAGCUUUCAUCAUACACGCACCUUUCCUCGUACCGCCCCGACAACCUUUCAAUCCAGCCUCGAUCAUGGAGCGAUUCAGGAAUCUGCUGGGUGGAGGUGGCAUGGGCCUGGGAGGAGUUACGCCUGGCACUGAUAACACCAGUCUCAUCGACAACUCGGAAACCGUCUACAUCUCGUCCUUGGCCCUGCUGAAGAUGCUCCGGCACGGCCGCGCGGGCGUGCCGAUGGAAGUCAUGGGACUGAUGCUGGGCGAAUUCGUCGACGAUUUCACAGUCAAGGUCAUGGACGUGUUUGCCAUGCCCCAGAGCGGUACCGGCGUCAGUGUCGAAGCUGUCGACCCUGUGUUUCAGACAAAGAUGAUGGAUAUGCUGCGGCAAACUGGGAGACCGGAAUCCGUCGUUGGAUGGUACCACUCACACCCUGGCUUUGGCUGCUGGCUUUCAUCGGUGGAUAUCAACACUCAGCAGUCAUUCGAGCAGCUUAACCCGCGCGCGGUGGCCGUAGUCGUCGAUCCCAUACAGUCAGUGAAGGGCAAGGUCGUGAUUGAUGCCUUCCGGCUCAUCAACCCCCAGCUGCUCAUGAUGGGCCAGGAGCCGCGUCAGAGCACGAGCAACCUGGGCCACCUCAACAAGCCGUCGAUCCAGGCGCUGAUCCACGGACUCAACCGUCACUACUACUCGAUCGCCAUCAACUACCGCAAGACGGCGCUGGAGGAGAACAUGCUGAUGAACCUGCACAAGCACGUGUGGACGGAAGCUCUGGAGAUGGACGAUUUCCGGACGGAGGGACAGAAGAACAAGGAGCGGCUGCAGAGGCUGGUCAGCCUGGCAGACGGCUACGAGAAGAGAGUCAAGGAGGAGACGGAGCUGACCAAGGAGCAACUCAAGACGCGCUACGUCGGCAAGCUGGACCCCAAGAAGCACUUGGAGGACGUCGGCCAGGAGCUGAUUGAGGACAACAUUGUGUCGGUGUCGAGGCAGAUGAUUGACAAGGAGGCGACGAUGCCCAAGAAGAAUGGAGCGCUAGCCCAGUCCAACGGCGACCAGAUGGAGACGGAGGAAGAGUUAUAGACGAGUAGCAUAACAGGGAGGGCAGCCAUUACGACCACUGGCUCGCACUAGUGUUUUCUCCGUGCUGUUGCUGCUACAUGCUCUUUUUCUUACACGCGCAUAACAUGGUUCAUGUACCUGGAGCACGCUGGUCAUGGGUUGGCACAAUAGAGGGGACGGUAGAAAAUAUUGGCGAUCGAGCCGCUGUCAUGGAAGACGCGGGGCGUUGAGGGAGACGCAGCCUUGGAUGAUGGAUUCUGACACGUUGGGAGGACUUUGGGCUGGUCAGAUGGUGGUUCUGCGUGAUCAUGAGCCAUUACUUAGCAGCUAAGAAGCACACACAGAGAGAGUGGGCGUGCGGUGCCC